AUGACUACUUCUCGUGAAAGUCACCGUGAGAGUCAACGCAGAGGUCAACGCGAAAGUCAACGCUCCUCACGAUCACGAGCCGCACCUAUCACAACUUUAGUAGCGCUUCUCGCCCUUGUGUUGCCGUCACUCGCUCUUGCCAGCAGCACGGGGGAAGCUCACUUCGCUGCCCAGCUUCUGAGUGCCCGUGGAACGAUAGGCACUAUAAGCAUAUCCGUUUCAAGGUCCAUAUCACGAGGCACGGCCCCAGCCUACACCAUUAGCUUCGGUGCCGCCGUCGCUGGCGCCGACUCGCCCCCAAGCAACCUCCUGCUCUCGCUGCCACGUGGCGCGCCGCCAUUGGCCCUGUGCGGAAGCGACUCGGCUGAUUCUGCUGGGUCUGCUGGGUCUUCUGGGUCUGCUGAGUGCCAGUGGGUGGCAACGACGCCGUCCGUGUGGGAAACGGCGGGGGAGAGGAGGGUGAGAGGGGUGGAUGUGCGGCAGGGGAAGGGGCUGGAAGAAAUUCUAGCUGCGGGAGGGGAGGGGAAUGUUGCGUUGAUAGGGUAUGGUGUGCGCGCUGCUGUGGUCGUUGGAGGGGAGGUGGUUGGUGGGGAGGUGGUUGGUGGGGAGGUGGUUGGUGGGGAGGUGGUUGGUGGGGAGGAGAGGCAUGAUGGUGAUCUGGUGGGAGCGCUACGGAGAAGCCGCGAGUACAAUCAUGCAACCCCAACCCCAACCCCAACCCCAACCCCAACCCCAACCCCAACCCCAACCCCAACCCCAACCCCAACCCCAACCCCAACCCCAACCCCAACCCCAACCCCAACCCCAACCCCAACCCCAGCCCCAACCCCAUCUCCAUCCCACGACAUUAUGAUUGCCUUGCGCAUCAUCAUUCCGCGCUACCCCCCACAGGACCCUCGCUUGGAAGUGCGGCUGCAGGGGGGAAUGGGGGAGACGGGGGAGAGGCGGGAGAGGGGGGAGUUGGGGGCGGGGCUAUCAGGGGGCAUGCGCGGAGGGGCAUUUAUGCUGGGAGCAUUCAAGGAUGGCCACGUGGUGGUGAAUUAUGACAUUCGUGUCAUCGGCCCCGCGCAACAACCUUCCGCCAUCAAUCUCCUCGUUGACUACCCCGACCCGUCCUCAUUACAAGCCACCUCGUUACAAGCCACCUCGUUACAAGUUGCCUCGUUACAGUGUGAAUCAUGGGUCGAGAAGCUUAGUCUGGUGGGCGCCACUUAUGGAAAUGGACCAGGGGGGACAGCAGGGGAAGCAGCAGGGGAAGAAACAGGGGGAGCAGCAGGGGAAGCAGCAGGGGAAGCAGCAGGGGGAGCAGCAGGGGGAGCAGCAGGGGGAGCAGCAGGGGGAGCAGCAGGGGGAGCAGCAGGGGGAGCAGCAGGGGGAGCAGCAGGGGGAGCAACAGGUGCUGAGGCUGGUGAGAGUGCUGAGGCUGGAAAGGGUGCUAAUGCUGCCGGGGUUGCUGAGUCAGCGAUUCCUACCAAGUGUGAAGCUUCCGAGCUUCCCUGUGAGGGUGAUGCUGAGCAUGCCACUACCUCUCAGAGCCUCCGCUUCUCUGAAGCAGAAAUUGAUGGUACGGAUAUCCGUGUUCGUGGCCGGACUUUUAGCAACAUGGACGAGGGCGGGUUUGAUAUUGUUAUCAUGGACGCUAUUAACGUGGAUGGAGGAGAGACGGGAGAGGAUUUAGAAAAGGCUUUUGUGGUGGAUCCAGGGCUCUCCCAUAUGUCACAUAUUCCCCGCCUGCCACACCUGCCACAUCAGCACCACGGCAGUCUGUCCUCCGCGUCGCAUGGUGCCCGUGGCAGGAGCAGGUGUGCUGUGAAGGAACGUGAUGCUGGGAUUGUUUUUGAAUCGUGCUGA